GUAGAUUUGCAGUAAGUUAGCGGACUUGACUCUACGGAGACUGCACCUUGGCUUUUCAGGAAACUUUGAACUUAAUCUGCAUAAAAAAUAACCUGCAGAAGAUAAUGAACGCUAACAAGGCUCACAGCAGGAUUCCAAGCUGUGUUCCAGCAAGUCAGAAGAGUAAGUGUUAAUCUGUUAAUCGCUUGGCAUGCUGCUCAGAGGGGCACCCCACUCAGCCUACGCCCGUCCCAACUCUUAUGCUGCUGCAGAGAGAUUUGGUGGCAUCUAGGCAGAGCCCCCUGAUGGAACAGCCCUUCCAGUACUGUUCCAGUAAGGAGUGGUCACAGUGAUCUUUCCCACUGCACACAAAGGCAAGGCGCUCCUUAAAGGGACCUUCCAGCUCCUCCAUGCAGUCGCCAACCAGAGUAAGUGCUGGCUCAGGAGCCUCAGUUUUUGCCUGAGGAUGAGUGCAGAGGGGUCUUGAGAAGCCUCCACCUCCGCAUCCUCCAGAGCCCGCGAGAGAGGCAGUUGACAGGCAGAGUGGAUGGGUCCGCGGGGCCCGGCUUGCGGUUUGCUGCUUCUCGGGAUGCUCCUCUCCAGUUGAGCAUCCUGCCUGUGAUCCAGUGGGUGCUGGUGGAGCAUCUUGCGGUAUGCCUGCAUUGCUUUGAGCCAGCGCCCAGAAGCCAGCCCUCUGCAUUCAGGCACCUCGGACUGGCUCCAGGCAGGGCUGUGUGCAGUCACCAUGAAUGCUCAGCUCUAGGCUUCUGCAUCAGCCUCCUGACCACAUGGAUCUGCCUGUUUAAUCAGCCGCGAUCACAGCCUGGGAAGAUUGAGGCGGCUGAUCCGCGCUCCAGCUGCUGAGACAACUUCCAGCUUGGCUGUUUACUUCUUUGGGUCCCGGGGACUCUGUCCUGCACCGCAGCUUGUCCCGACACACUGUGGGCUCUGAAGUCAGCUGCUGGAACUCCUCUGAAGGCAUCCAGGAAGGUGGGGCAAAAGGGGCUAAAAGACAGCAGAAAUCCCCCAACUGUUCACCCUCUGCCUACCGCCUGCGCUGUGGGGUUCUGAGAGGACCUUGCGCUGUCCUGGGAAGCAAUGCAAGUCUCCAUAGCCUGCACAGAGCACAAUUUGAAGAGCCGAAAUGGUGAGGACCGACUUCUGAGCAAACAGAGCUCCACCGCCCCCAAUGUGGUGAACGCAGCCCGGGCCAAAUUCCGUACUGUCGCUAUCAUCGCUCGCAGCCUGGGGACCUUCACCCCUCAGCAUCACAUUUCUCUCAAAGAGUCCACCGCAAAGCAGACUGGCAUGAAAUAUAGGAAUCUUGGGAAAUCAGGACUCAGAGUUUCUUGCUUGGGUCUUGGAACAUGGGUGACAUUCGGAGGUCAGAUUUCAGAUGAGGUUGCUGAACGGUUGAUGACCAUUGCCUAUGAAAGUGGAGUUAAUCUCUUCGACACUGCCGAGGUCUAUGCUGCUGGGAAGGCUGAAGUGAUUCUGGGGAGCAUCAUCAAGAAGAAAGGCUGGAGGAGGUCCAGCUUGGUCAUCACAACCAAACUCUACUGGGGUGGAAAAGCUGAAACCGAAAGAGGCCUAUCAAGAAAGCACAUCAUUGAAGGACUGAAAGGCUCCCUCCAGAGGCUGCAACUGGAAUACGUGGACGUGGUCUUCGCAAACCGUCCAGACAGCAACACGCCCAUGGAAGAAAUUGUUCGAGCCAUGACGCACGUGAUCAACCAAGGCAUGGCAAUGUACUGGGGCACCUCGAGGUGGAGCGCAAUGGAGAUCAUGGAAGCCUACUCUGUGGCACGGCAGUUCAACAUGAUCCCACCCGUCUGUGAACAGGCCGAGUACCAUCUUUUCCAGAGAGAGAAGGUGGAGGUCCAGCUGCCAGAGCUCUACCAUAAAAUAGGGGUUGGUGCAAUGACAUGGUCUCCACUUGCCUGUGGAAUUAUUUCAGGAAAAUAUGGAAAUGGGGUGCCAGAAAGUUCUAGAGCUUCGCUGAAGUGCUACCAGUGGUUGAAAGAGAGAAUUGUAAGUGAAGAAGGGAGAAAGCAGCAAAACAAGCUAAAGGACCUGUCUCCGAUUGCUGAGCGUCUGGGAUGCACACUACCUCAGCUAGCUGUGGCAUGGUGCCUGAGAAAUGAGGGUGUGAGUUCUGUGCUCCUGGGAUCAUCCACUCCUGAACAACUCAUUGAAAACCUUGGUGCCAUUCAGGUCCUCCCUAAGAUGACGUCACAUGUGGUAAAUGAGAUUGAUAACAUAUUGCGCAACAAGCCCUACAGCAAAAAGGACUAUAGAUCCUAAGGCAAUGCAUUGAACCACAGAAGCUGCAUGGGUAAAGUCAUGGGGGUGGGCAGUGCAGAACGGCCUUCCUAGCCACCCUUUUCAAUCACUUAGCAGCUUGCUGCUCAACCUCUAGUGUCCCAGGAUUCUGAGGUUUCUGCUGUUGCUACCACUGUGCACCCUGAAUCUGAACACACCUGAAAAUUCACAAACCCAGAAAAUCCAUUCUAUUUUCUUAUCUUGGACUGGUUCCCUUAUCCUUGCAUUGCUCUAUGGACCUCACUUUGUUUCUGCAAUGAGAAGAAUUGGGGUAGGGGAAAUCUAUUAUCUUUAGAAGAAGGCUGUACAUAUAUAUUUUUUUCAAAAGAGUAAAGUUCCCAAGUAUGUGACCUGCACAGGAUAUCCUCACUCUUUAGUCUUGCUUGGGAGAACAAACAGAACUAAUUUACUUUUUUUUCCCUUCAUGUUUCAUGUCAUUUUAUGUCAGCUGUCAUUUUACACUAAAAUUUCUAGGUACUUGCUUUCACUAUCUUUGAAGUUCUUUGUUGUUGCUUGGGCCCAUACAAUCUAUCUGGGGUGCCUCUCAGCAAUCUAACCUGUCCAUUUACACACAGAGGUAUGCAUACCCCAAUCUUUACUAGAUACAUAAUGGAUAAUUUAUGA